AUGACAAAGCCCAAUACCAGCAGCCUGUCGAACUUAUUCUGCAUAGCUUGUUCAGCUGUUGUCAUCCUAGGCAGAACCUGCAGUUGCUUGCAGUUCACUUACCCCAACUUCAACGCAAGAAACAGGGAUGAUUUCAGGUUCAGCCCUGGCUCAGCAAUCUCCAACAACUCCCUGCAGAUCACGCCGAGCGCCGGCAACAUGACCCACCGGUCGGGGAGAGUGGUGUACGCCAAGGAGACCCUCAAGCUGUGGAACAGCAAGCGCACGGCGCUCACCUCCUUCAGGACAGAUUUCAUGCUCAACAUCCUCCCACAGAACGGGACUGGAGAAGGUAUGGCCUUUGUGCUCACCAAUAAUCUGCCGUUGCCCAGCAACAGCAGCGGUCAGUGGCUGGGCGUGUGCAACAACCAGACAGACGGCGCGAAGACGAACCGAGUAGUAGCCGUGGAAUUCGACACGAGGAAGAGCAACGAGGAUGACCUUGACGGCAACCAUGUCGGCAUUGACAUCAACAGCAUCAAAUCUUUUCGGCAGUACCCGCUUAAUAAUCUCUCCAUCUUCCUCUCAACUGGGUCAGAUGUAUGGGUCAGUAUCAGGUACCACGGCACGUUACAGUUGCUUCAAAUAUUUCUAGUCCAGUACAGCAUCCGUGGGCGGCAUCUUUUCCAGGGAGAUACAUACAUUGAUCUGUCACAAGUUCUGCAGGACGACGUAUAUCUGGGAUUCACAGGUUCCACAGGCGACACCACACAACUGAACCAGAUAAAGUCGUGGAACUUCACCACAGUAGACAUUGAUGUCAAAGUUGGAAGAGGGCGUUGGAGAAAGGUGCUUUUGGCUCUCGUUACAUUGCUUGUGUUUUGUAUAAGUUUGUUUGCUGGGCUGUUCAUGUGGAGAAGGCUGACGCGGCGGAGAAGGCUCGCCUACCGCAACCUGGAGAAGAAGAUCGACGCACAUGGUCCGGUCAAAUUUAAGCUCAGGGAGCUCAGGCAUGCGACUGCGAACUUCAGUCCUACCCGCAAGCUCGGCAGAGGAGGCUUUGGCACCGUUUACCUUGGAUACGUCGAUAGGAUGAACUUGGAGGUGGCCGUCAAGCGGGUGUCGACGGACAAGCAGGCCGACACCAACCGGGGAGAGAAGGAGUUCGUGGCAGAGGUGAACACGAUCAGCAAGCUGUCGCACCGGAACCUCGUGAAGCUGAUCGGCUGGUGCCACAAGAAGGGCGAGCUGUUGCUUGUCUACGAGUACUUCCCCAUGGGAAGCCUUGACAAGCUCCUUUACGCCAGAGAAAGGACCGCAUCGUCCUCGUCCAUGUCGGCGUCGACGGACACACCAGAGCUCACAUGGAAGCGGCGGUACAAGAUCAUCUGCGGCGUGGCAUCGGCGCUGGACUACCUGCACCACGGGAGCAGCAAGCGGAUCCUCCACAGGGACGUCAAGGCCAGUAACGUGAUGCUGGAUGCGGAGUACAACGCGCGGCUGGGGGACUUCGGCCUCGCCCGCGUCAUCCAGCACGACGGCGUCACGCACCACUCCACGCAGGUCGUGGCGGGGACCCGCGGCUACAUGGCGUACGAGAGCUUCUUCACCGGCCGCGCCAGCCUCGACACGGACGUGUACGCGUUCGGGGUGUUCGUCAUGGAGGUGGUCAGCGGGAGGAGCCCCAGCAACGCCGUGCAGCAGCACUACAUCCACGACAGCGACCACCGUGGUGAGGAGGAUUACUCGGGCGGCGGGGGAGCGCGGCACCCCUUGCCGAUGCACAUCGUGGACUGGAUGUGGAGGCUCUACGGCGGAGGGAAGGCCUUGCAUGCCGCCGACCCUUUGCUCGGCGGCGAGUUUGACCAGGCGCAGGUGGACUGUGCGGUGAGGCUGGCGUUGGCGUGCUGCCACCCGAACCCGAGGGAGAGGCCGUCCAUGAGGACGGCGGUGCAGGUGUUGAUCGAUGGUGCCCCGGCGCCGGAGCCGCCGGUUAAUAAGCCUGCGUUUGUUUGGCCUCCGGGCGGCAAUCAGCGGGAGAUGGAGCUGCCGGACGUCGGCUUGCUGUUCACGGGAGGGGCUAGGCAGCACAGCAGUUUCUGCUCCUUGACCUCCACUUCCCUCACGGGGAGGUGA